AUGUCCAACUUCGGGAGCGCCGUGGCGUGGCUAGUGUUGGCGCCCUUUGCCCUCACCACCAACGUGGUGGCCGUGGUGGUGGUGUGCCACUACCGCCGGCAGUUCCACGGCUCAGACGCCGCACUUAUCUCCCUUUUUGUGACUAUGACCUUGCAUGCCGUGGUGGCGCUGCCUGUGGCGGCGGGGGUGGAGCUGGGUGGGAGCGGGUGGCCGCCGGAACUGUGCUCCUUCUACGUCUGGUUGUUGGUGUGUGUGCGCAUGUCCCAGCUGCUGACCACGGGGGUUAUGAACGUGCACUGGAUGUGCAUCCUGAGGUUCACCUCGGGUCAGGAAGUGUACAGCUCCGCCAUCGUCGUGAAGGUGCUAGUGUGCUUGGCGUGGUUUGGCGGUGUGGUCACAGGUCUCGUGCCAGUUAGAAGUACAAAGGCUGGACGAUUCUAUCUGCCCUCGUCAUCUAAUGCGUUCUCCACAUCUACCUCCGCUAACGGCCAUGACAACGCCAGAGGUCAAAACGCGACCGGAUGGCACUCAGGAGGAGGUAUAGACGGUCGAACGAUCGCCUUUGAUGAAGAGGAGGAGAUCAAACAAGGAGGAAGCCCUUUCGUGACCAGCAACGGGAGGAUCCCUAACGGGGAAGGGUAUUCUCACGGAUUAUCGUCUCAGACGACAGCAGGAGGUGUGCCUGGGCGUGGUCCAGGUGAGAAGAACGGACAGGUAGCAGCCAAUUCGGCGGCAGCCAUCGUUGUCCGGCCAUCCGGCAAGUCCGGGGUGGCGCGCAGCGUUCCGGCAACUGUCCAUGCCAGGUACAACGAGCUCAACCUGUCGUCAGAGCUUUGUCGAGUGGUCGUCUGCUUCACCCUCCUAACAGCCCUCAUCCAACACCUUCCCUUCGCGGUGCUGCAGUUUAUUCAACUGGUGCAGCCAGUGGAUCGGGUGUCGGCACAGGUGGUGGUGCUGUGGCUGCUGUUGCUAGAGGCACUGACGGCGCCGCACGUACUGUGGGUGCUUAGUCGCCGCUACCGGCAUGCCCUGGUGUAUGUGUGGACUGUGCACGUGCUGAGAGACACGUCAGCCAAGGAGGAAGAUCCUUCAGCCUGUACCCUUCAGUCCUACACGCGGAGAGUGCAAGCGCCAGGUGGCGCCACGGUACGAGUCACCGCACGAGUAAGACGGGGCGUGACCAUCACUGGUCCUGUACACGAGUAUCAGCCCAAUGGACAAGUCAGGGCCUAUUCGAGAGAAGACGACCCCGAGGGAUUUUCCCCCGACUACACUGGAGCAAGCCAGACGUGGAGCUGAGAUCAUCACCACAGACCUAGAUGAUGACCUGACAGUCAUCACGGACAUAGCGUCCACGAAGAAACGGUACAUCUACCACUCACCUGCGUCGGAGCGAGCGGCGCAAGCUUCGCUCCAGCGACCGGAAGCUGCCGAGGGAAGUGGUGGCAGUUCUCAGACCACUAGCCCCAGCCGGCUGUCAGUCAAUAGCCCGACACGCCCCUUUGACAUGCGGCGGAGUGGCAGUGCGCGGGAGGCGUGGAAGGAACAGAUGCGGAAGAAGCACCUACCGGCCGUAUUCGUCAACGAUGCCUUUGAUGCCGAGGAGGAAGGAGAGCGAGGUCAGGACCUCGUUUCGGACAUGCACGUGCUGCCAGAUGUAGCCCUUGUUGGGGGUGACUUCGACGAGGUAGACAGCGAGGCCGAAAAUGUCGGUCGUCAACGAGACGCUGCGAAAAACAUCCGGAAGGCGUCCUCCUCAUCAUGUGAUUAACCACCACUUUCACUACGACUACCAGCGAAGCGAUGGCGCGCCGAGGGUGGAGAGUGAAAGUGACGGAAGCAGUUUUCAGUACGACGACAGGGACAUAGAGAUCAUUCUUGAUGGCCAUCACGGACUUCAUUCUGGAGGGAGCCGCUCGGUACUGGAAAAAGUCGUAGAAGCAGAGGCCCCAAGGGAGAGCAAUGAUGAUCCUGUGCCACACUUCGCCGCGACGACAGAGGGUGUUUUGAAAGACGGUUACUUAGGAAGAGUGGACAGUUAUGGGGAUAGCAGCGAGGGGAGCUCAACGGAGAAGCAGUCUGUCCGAGGUCGCAAGAAGCCGCCUCGUCGUAGCAGUCGAACGAACAGGUUGAAAGACCAACCAAAGCUUUGUUGUGGAGGGGGAGCAUGACCUCGAGGACAGGAGCGACGGAACUGAAGAAGCAAGAGCAUGGACCUUGCAAGGUGAAGGGUUGAAACAAGGUGCAGAUGAAUUUGUAGGAAGAGAGUUUUUCCUGUAUGAGGCAGACCAGAGUAAACAGAUGCCUGCUUAUGAGAUGCAAAACGACUUCAACCAAUAUUCGUCUUCGGUAGAAUUGGACAAAGAGGGGUUUAGAAAAAACUUUUCCCGUGUACCGGAGUCAGUUAAUCCGGGUUUGGUGUCCGUAGCAUUUAGCAAAAACGAUUUUGUAAAACUUCAGAACAUUACUAGUGACUCAACAGACGCUGACAACAUACCCGACAAUGUAUCAGUAACAUCAACAGUCAAAGUAAGUGGCGACAAGAAUAGCUCUAAUAAGGCGAAUAAAGUGUUGAUGAAGGACGUUUUCAAAGACGAGUUUGACGAGGUGGCGCCACAUAACCCGCGAAAAAGAACAGAAGUGAUGGACAAGGACUUUGACGAUGUCGACGAGCCGCGAGGAACGCCCACCGGGAACUCUGUGAUAAGUGCGCCAUGGACCCUUACUCCGGAGGUGGGAGCAUCAAGAACGGUUCUCACCCUAGUAGUAGGACUCGCAGCUCUUACUUCCGGCGAGAUGUUGACAGCAGCAAACAGAUGAUCACGAUGGUGGACAGCGAUGCAGAUCUGCCAGACACUGCUAUCGUGUUGGAUGUUCUGGAGACGAGCAGCUCCGGAAGUGAACACUCAGUCGUUCUUGAACCUUACCAUCGUCGUCCUCUUUGGCUUGACGAUGAUGACGAGCAAAGCCAGAGUAAUAGCGCUGCUGACCUAUCGAUUUCAAAUCCUUUUCGGGUGAGUUCAGUGGGGUAUCCUUUUGCGGAUCCAAGUCGAGAGGGACAGUUCAAGUCCCAAGGUCUUAGUUCCGGCUUAGGAAACUCGUUUGGUGGCAGUUUUGAUGCCAAAGGUCCAAAAAUCGUAUGAUGGUGAACCCAUUCCAAAUGAAGUUUUGGAGACCACUUCCUCUUCUGGAGCUUACUCACAUGAUACUUUCUCAUCGGAGAGUGACACUGCACAGAGUUCAGGUAGCAGCGAUCAGCUCAGUUUUCUCAGAGACGCGACAUCUGAGCGCUUAGGUGUAAAUGGCUUUGAUGACGAGGCAGAUAGAUACCAUGAUAAUACGAUGGCCAUAGACUACAACAUAAUGAUACAUCCGUACUACGGGUCUUAUCCUGGCUUGUACUUCGAGUCGAUCAAGGAGGAGCCGGAGGACUUGAGUGACUCCACGCUUUCCGGCCACACCGAAGAUGACGCCCAUGGAUCCACGCAUGGCACACUACAAUCAUUUUCUGCCGAAAGUUUUGGUCCCAGCAAAACUAAGCCAUUUCUUCUCAAUGGAGAUUCGACAUUUCAAGUACAGGCUAUUUCACAGACCGUAAACAAAGAUGUUGCUCCUCCGGGUAGAACUUCUGCUGAUGGCAGAGAGGCACCCACUCCUGACAUAUGUAGCACCCAGAGAACAGGAACGCUCGAGCCGGAAGAUCUGCCAUAUUGGGAUGACGGAGCAGUUUCGAUUUCAACGAAACAAUCCAAUCCUUCCUUUCAGCUGUUAAAAGUAUCUCCCAUGAUGGACCACAAGGUUAAUGGUGUCAGGAACUUCUCUAACGACCUGCGCACUAACCUCGACCUGCCCCGUACAGCCAAUGGGGAUGCAGCGGGUGCACUAACAGACGUCACAGACGAUGUUCUUCCCAGAAGAAAACCUCCACCUCCACCCCGCAGGAGCAGCAUUAGCAAUGAUGGACCACUUACUGACAGCGAGUUACAAACUCAUCAUUCUGAAGCAUCACCUGUUGACCCAGUUUACUUCUAGUCUUGGUUAUUUUAUUUCUGUUUUGCGGAUUCUGCAGUGCAAGGUGUUAUUAAUCAACACACCUACGUGCUAAUGACGACUGUGUGUCACUCCUGUGAGACAGGAUCCAAAAAGCUGUUGCAAAGAAUCACAAUCCGUGUUCACUCACCUGUAACCCAAUAAAUGGAAGACGAAAAUUGUCAAACAUGUUUCUCAGAAAAGUGCGGUCCUUACAUGGUUAUUGUUGUUUUUGGUCAGCACGAGCUCUCGCUCUGCCAAUGUGACACAUUUGUGAGUGGUAUUAUUUGAGUUUCAGGCAUAUACAGAUGAAAGGUGAAAGGUGACAGGUGUAUCAUCCUGAGGUUUUCUGUGCAGAAGGGAUUCCUCAGCUUAUCAUUUGUUUGGGAAGCAACGGCUUAAAUUUUUAACCAAAGACUUUGACUUGUUUGCCUUGUUUAAGAAAAACGUUUCGAAUAAAUCAACAAUGAUGAAAUAACACUUGAGAAGUCUCCACAUUCACUGAAGGUUAGAAAAGUAAACAGUAAACUGUAAGGGUGAUUUCGGAUUAGGCAACAGGAUUACUAUGACGUUUUGUGUACACUUCCUACACAGACAUGUUGCACACUUUGCUUCACCGUCUGCUCUUAUUUGUCAAAUUCAAAAACUCAAUGUAAUAGUCGACCCAGAAUCCUGCUGGAAAUCACUCUGUUUCUGACUUAAAGCCUUCCAACGACAAGGCCAACUUCAGUGUCAGUCCUGUAGUGGUUGUGUUCUGUGCAGGGCAUAACAAAUUCUGGCUGUUGACAAAAACUUAAGAGCCUAAAGCUAACAAGGCCUUGCUCUUUUUUAACCCAUAGCUUCAACGUUUUAUAUAAACAGUUUUAUCUGUUUAUGCAUUGUUCAAAAUAGUUUAACAAAAAUGUCCCAAGAACAUCCCCACACACUUUUUAUAUACACUGAAAGGCCUAGCAACAUAUGACAAGGGGAUAUAAUUGAACUUCAUAAGAUAGAGUGUAGACACAACUGUCUACAGCCGACAUGGAAUAUUCACCCAAACAGAGGAGUGGAACCUUAGCGCCAUAUUUUUUGGCUUCAUCGAAGUGAGUUUAUGCACCAGCGCUUUCUAAUGCAGUUUGUUUCUGGAAAUAAUGCUUGUAUUUAUACUAUCUAUAAAUGAUUAGGUGUUAAAUAUAUUUCUGUGUUAUGUUACAUAAAAGAACAAAUAAAAGAAAGAAAGAACAAAAAAAAAAAAAAAAAAAAAAGAAAAAAAAAGAAAGAGAGGAAGGAGAAAUGGGCAAAC